CCGCCAGGGACGUGAAAGAACGCUACGCAGAGGCCUACCUGGAACGGUGGAAGGCCGGGCGGAAGUGUCUGAGCUUUCGGCCGCCUUGGUUACCGCGUUCUCCGCCCCUUUCUACGUCAUCGCUCUGAGCCCGCUAUCCGCGGCCCGCGCGGGCGCCGCUCGAGAUUAAGGGCCCCCGGGUUGCCGCCCCCUCAGGAGCCACCAUGUUGGUGAUACCCACUGGACUGAGCGAGGAGGAGGAGGCUCUGCAGAAGAAAUUCAACAAACUGAAGAAAAAGAAAAAGGCAUUGUUGGCUCUGAAGAAGCAAAGUAGCAGUAGCACAGCCAGCCAAGGUGGUGUCAAACGCUCACUGUCUGAGCAGCCUGUAGUGGACACAGCCACAGCAACAGAGCAGGCAAAGCAGCUGGUGAAAUCAGGAGCCAUCAGUGCCAUCAAAGCCGAGACCAAGAACUCAGGCUUCAAACGUUCUCGAACCCUAGAGGGGAAGUUAAAGGACCCCGAGAAGGGGCCAGUCCCCACUUUUCAGCCGUUCCAGAGGAGCAUCUCUGCUGACGACGAUCUGCAGGAGUCAUCCAGACGUCCCCAGAGGAAAUCUCUGUAUGAGAGCUUUGUGUCUUCCAGUGACCGGCUUCGGGAACUGGGGCCAGAGGGGGAAGAGUCCGAGGCUCCAGGGGCUGGUGAUGGCCCCCCUCGGAGCUUUGACUGGGGCUAUGAAGAACGUGGUAGUGUCCGCUCCUCUGCUUCCCCUCCCCGGAGUCGCAGCCGGGAUCGCAGUCAUGAGCGGAACCGGGACAGAGACAGAGAGCGGGAGCGGGAUCGAGACAGAGAGCGAGAUCGAGACCGAGAUCGGGAUCGAGACAGAGAGCGGGACAGGGAUCGAGAUCGAGAGCGGGACCGGGAUCGGGAUCGAGACAGAGAUCGGGAUCGAGACCGUGAGGGUCCUUUCCGCAGGUCAGACUCAUUCCCUGAACGCCGGGCCCCUCGGAAAGGGAAUACUCUGUAUGUGUAUGGAGAAGACAUGACACCCACCCUCCUCCGUGGGGCCUUCUCUCCUUUUGGAAACAUUAUUGACCUCUCCAUGGACCCACCCAGAAACUGUGCCUUCGUCACCUAUGAAAAGAUGGAGUCGGCAGAUCAAGCCGUUGCUGAGCUUAAUGGGACCCAGGUGGAGUCCGUACAGCUCAAAGUCAACAUUGCCCGUAAACAGCCCAUGCUGGAUGCCGCCACUGGCAAGUCUGUCUGGGGUUCCCUUGCUGUCCAGAACAGCCCUAAGGGUUGCCACCGGGACAAGAGGACCCAGAUUGUCUACAGUGAGGACAUCUACAAGGAGAACCUUGUGGAUGGUUUCUAGGGAGCAGAGCUGGAUUCCUUGUGCCUCAUAUGCCCCUAAUGCCGGUCUCAGUAAAACACUGAGGUGGAAGCU